AUGGGGCGAGUCGCUGCUGUCUCUGCCGAAGCGAUGGCUCAGCCAGCAGGGAGACGAGGACGAAUACGAAAAUGUGCAGCUCCCGAAGCUGCCCGUCCCAGAUCUCCAGGCGACCCUGGAGACCUACGUGGACAUGGCUGCGGCCGUGGUCUCCAGCCAGUCACAGCUGGACCACACCAGGACCCUGGCUAAGGCCUUCCUGGAGGACCCGGGCCCGAAGCUGCAGGCGGCGCUGCUGGCCAGGCGGGUGGAGGUGGAUAAUUGGGUGACUGACUACUGGCUGGACGACAUGUACCUGAAGGUACGGCUGCCGCUGCCGAUCAACUCCAACCCUGGCAUGGUGUUCCCCAGCCGGAAGUUCGCCAAGGUCGACGAGGUCGCCGAUCUGGCCGCGCUGUUCAUCGACGAUCUGCUGGAUUACAAGGAGAUGCUUGACAGAGGCGAGCUUCCUCUAGAGCGAGCCACCAGCCGCGAGAAGGGUCAGCCUCUCUGCAUGGCGCAGUUCUACCGGCUGCUGGGCGUCUGCCGCGUCCCACAGCUGGGCAAGGACCGUCUGGAGCUACCACCAAUGCGUCCAGAAGGGGAGCAGGAGGAACUCGUGGUCGUGGCUUGCAGGAACUAUUUCUACCCCAUCCCAGUGAAAGCAGCCGACCGCGGACGCCUGACCCCUGGCGAGAUUCAAGCACAGCUCCUGAUGGCCAUGGUGGACGCAGCAGGGGCGCCGCUGGCGCCCCGUGUGGGGCUCCUGUCUUCCCUUCCGAGGGACGCUUGGGCCAGAGCGAGGGACAUACUCUGUGAAGAUGAGACCAACCGUCACAACAUGGAGCUGAUCUCUCGCGCGCUGUGCAUCGUGUGCUUGGACGAGGCUGGUGGGAACAGAGCUGACGCUGAUGCUGAUACCAACGCAUUUUUACGAGCCAUGCACGGGGCUGGGACAAAACAUCACUCAGCCAACCGCUGGUUUGACAAGACUGUCCAGCUGAUCAUAUCCUCCGAUGGCACCGUGGGCAUGUGCUACGAGCACAGCGCGGCCGAAGGCGUGGCGGUGGUUCGUCUGGCCGAGCGCGCGUUAGCUCGGGCUGCGGUGGCGGCCCGGCCUGACCCGCCGCCAGCUCUUCUUCCCGCUCCGCAAGCUAUGAAGUGGACCCUCAAGACUGACGUGGAGAGGCUGAUUGAGCAGGCUGGGAGGGAAAUUGAUCGCAACAUCGCGGACCUGGACGUGAAAGUGUACACGUACAAGGGCUACGGGCGAGAGUACAUGAAGAGCUGCCGCACCAGCCCUGAUGUCUACAUUCAGCUGGCCAUGCAGUACGCCUACUACAAAAUGUACGGACACCUGGUCUCCACUUACGAGUCCGCCUCCCUCCGCCGCUUCCUCGAAGGCCGAGUGGACAACAUUCGCUCAGCCCACCUCCCCGCCCUGGCCUGGGCCAAGGCCAUGUGCGCUGACGAGACCCCGCCCCUCUCCGAGGCUGAUGACAGCCAGAAAAAGGUGUCUUUUAAUUUAUAUGGGAAGAAACUAGAGCUCUUCGAUGAAGCAGCGAAGAAACAGACCGCCAUAAUGGAAGCCAACAUCCUGGGCCGGGGCAUCGACAACCAUCUCCUAGGGCUGCGGGAGACGGCGCGGACCCAGGGCCCGCUCCCGGACUUGUUUACCGAUCCCACGUACAAGUUGAUGAACGAGUUCAAGCUGAGCACUAGUCAGGUGGCCACCACCGCCGACGGCACUUUUAUGGGUUACGGAGCUGUCGUCCCAGACGGGUACGGCGUCUGCUACAACCCCAAGAAGGACUCCAUCAUCUUCUGCAUCUCGUCCUUCGUGUCGUCCAGCGUCACCAACACAGAGGCCUACAGGCAGUCGCUGGAAGAGGCGCUGGACUCCAUGAAGCUGAUGUUCCAGCAUCGGCAGACCUAAACCUCAACGAUUGCGUCAUGUCCUAUCAUCAAUAAAGCUUUGUAUCGGUAGGUAUGAGGUGGAGUCAAAAGGGUGAUGAGGAACACAAGAGGUAUG